AUGAAGGUGCAGAAGAGUGCUCCACAUUACACAGAAGCCGCGUAUGAUGAGAUUGAGCUGCUCGCCGAGGCGGCGAAGCGAAGCAAAGACGUUAACUGGGAGGAGACCCAGAAGGGACCUCUCAAGGAGCUGUUUCCCGAGAAGAACAAUGAGGGCUUCACCGGUGUCGUGCAGCUCAUUGACUACUUUGAGCAUUUUGGCAUUAAUGGCAAGCACGUUUGCAUGGUCUUCGAGACGAUGGGCCCUAACGUGCUGGCCCUGAUCAAGAGGUACAAUUUCAAAGGCAUUCCGCUGGACAUUGUGAGGAAGGUGACCACACACACCUUGAUUGGCUUGGAUUAUUUGCAUCGCAUUUGCGGGAUCAUCCACACGGAUCUGAAGCCCGAGAACGUCUUGGUGGGCUGCCCGCGUGGGGUCCCCGUGAACAAGACGGGCAUCCCGCUGGUGGGUAACAUUGACCCCAGCAUGUUCGCCAAGAAAGAGCAAGCCGCAGGCACACAAGAGGAUUACAUGAAGAAGGGUGGCAAGAAAAAAGACAAGGACAAGAAGUUUCAUGAUGAAGGCACCGAUGAGGUGGGUGAGGAGGAGGCGAUGCCAAGACCUCCACCGAUCCUUGUGCCCGACCCCACGCAGACCGCUCCGCCCAACGACGAGUCCCUGUCGCCUCCUUAUAUGAAGCCCUUCCUGAAGCCCAGCCGUUCCGAUCCUACGCUUUUGUCUUCCUAUGGCGAUGAUAGCAUUGCUAUGAAUCGACCCUUGUACAACCACGCCAGCAGUUUGAUGAAGGCUGUGCCCCCGGGCGUUCCAGUCCCUGCGCCGAUGCCGCCGAGCUCGUCGCCCGAUGGGGCCAAGCCCGAUUGCAUUGAUGAGAAGCUGCUGGAAGAAGUCUUGAACUUGGACUUGUUCGACCAUGAUGGCGUCACUUACAAGGUGGCUGAUUUGGGCAACGCCUGUUGGGUCGAAAGGCAUUUCUCAGACGACAUCCAGACGCGACAAUACCGCUCUCCGGAGACCAUUAUCAAUGCAGGAUAUGACACUUCAGCUGAUAUUUGGUCACUGGCGUGCAUGGUCUUCGAGCUGGCCACGGGCGAUUAUUUGUUCGACCCGAAGGCCUCGGAUGAAUACCCCCGCGACGAGGACCAUUUGGCCCUCUUUAUUGAGCUCCUCGGGCCAAUGCCUAAGGACCUGAUCAGUCGUGGCAGGCGUUCCACCACGUAUUUCAACCGACGGGGAGAGCUGCGACACAUUAAGUCGCUGCGCUAUUGGCCACUGGCCGAGGUCCUGUUGCAGAAGUACCACAUGCACGCGAUAGAAGCAAGGAGCUUGGCAUCCUUCCUGCUCCCCAUGCUGCUCGGAUGCGAAGGGUUGGGUUUGAAUAUGGUGGUCUCGUUGAAAACCGGGGCCGGGAAGACCUUGGUCGCCGUCAAGGUCAUUGACCACUUCCUGGAGAAAGAGGAGCGGCAUGUGCUCUUUGUGGUGCCCACCAAAGCCUUGGUGAGCCAGCAAGCGAAGUACUGUCAAACGCACUGCCAAGCCUCACCUCCAGCGGCCGAGCUUUGUGGCAUGGAGAUGGAACGCUGGGACAAAGGCUGUUGGGACGAAUGUCUUCGAAAGAACCGCUUAUUGGUGGGAACUCCUGAAGUGUUCCGGCGAGCGUUGGAUCAGGGCUAUUUGAGGGCCGAGCAGCUCUCGUUGAUCGUUCUGGAUGAAUGUCAUCAAGCCCGGGGGGAAAGCCCCAUGGCCAAUCUCAUGCGCCUCGUUUCGAAUGCCAAAGAGAAGCCUCAGCCUCGAGUGCUGGGUUUAACUGCAAGCUUCUUCUGGGGAAACCUGAAACGGAAAAGAGAUGCCGAGAAGGCCAAGAUGGAGAUGGAGCUGCUGUUGGGGGCCGGUUUCCUCGCGCCUGAAGUGUCAGAGGAUGCACAUCAUCAGUCGACAGACUAUGAGGAAGUCCACUGGCGAGCGAGCAGCUAUGGCGCAAACUUUGAGAGCGAGAUUCAGCCAGGUUUGUCCCGCAUGGCUGAGACGCUGGGAGAUGGAGCCGACGUCAAGGACUUUCAAAGGCUGGGAUUGAGGAUGAAUCACGUCUUCAAACAGCUCGGCCGCAAUGCGUUGAGCAGCUACACCCAGCACUGCAUCGUCCCACAGUUCAGGGAAAAGGCCAACACCGUGAUGAUGGCGGAAACGGUGUCUGAGGAGGAGCGGAGGUAUCACAAGUCCGUGCUUGAGCGUCUACCAGACCUGAAGAAUUGGGCGCGGACCUUUCACCCAGAAUUGCUGAAGCUUGAGUCGGUGCGAUCUGCGCCGGAGAUUUCACCCAAAGUGGACCGGUUGCUGCAGCUUCUCGAGCAGGAGCCAUUGAAGGGACAGAAAGGCAUUGUUUUCGUGGAGCAAGUGUCUUGCACUGUGCCCCUGGCGCUGACGAUCAGCCAGCGCUUGGGCAUCCACGCGGAGGCUGCUUAUGGACAGAUGUCCAGGCAAGACCUGAACAAGAUCUUGGAUCGUUUCAAGGAGAAUGAGACCAAAGUCGUGGUCUCCACCAACGCCCUGGAAGAGGGCAUUGAUGUGGAUUCCUGCAGUUGGGUCGUCCGCUUCGAUCGCUUCAACACCACCAAGGACCACAUUCAAGGGAGUGGACGUGCAAGAGCCUCCAAGGCGAAGAUCUUCUACUUCGACAACGACCCACAGGAGGAGGUCAGCAAAGAGCGGGCAAUGGAAGAGGUGGCAAAGGAUUCUCGCAAAGGCCUGACUGACGAAGAACGGAGGAAGCUCACUGAGCAGAGGAUGCCGCGGCAGCCGACGGUCCCUGGCAUUUAUCCCUAUACAGAGGAAGGAGGACACCAGAUCCACCUGUUCAAUGGGAAGGAGAUUGUGAUGAGAUGGUGCCAACAAGUUUUAGGAAUUGGUUUCAGUGCCGAACCCUUCCAGACGGAGCCAGAGAUUCGCUUUGAGAUUCCAACGCCUGAGGGCUUUCGAACCUUUGGACUAGCAGAAGUGGAGCAGCAUUGGCAGAAGGUGCAACUACAAGAAAUUGUUCCCACGGAACGCCUCAAAGAGUUCAGCCCUCGUCAACGGACAGAGCUGCGGAGCUUCUAUGCCGUGGCCGUGUGGUUGAGAAAGCAAGGCUUUCUGGAUCAACAUCAUGAGCCGGUGGUGAAACACUUGGAGUUGGCCAAGGCAUCAUGUCCGCCCAAAAAGCCAGAGCUGCUUUUGAAGCUGGAUGGCCGAAAGUUUGAGCGGCCCGCACAGGCAUUGGACAACCAGAGAGUUGUCAAUUACAAGGCUGCUCUCCAGGAGCUCUUGCAGCAAAAGUACCAGACGCCACUCAAUGAGCUGCUGAGGUACAGCGCCAGCAUGGAAGAUGGGGGUUGGAUUGCCCAGGUCACCGUCUCAGCUGAGAAGGAGUUCUCUCAAACGAGCCACGUGUGUCGGACAAAGAAGGAGGCCGAACAAGAGGCGGCAAAGUUGGCCUAUGCGGCCUACACGCCUUCAACGACUUGA